AUUAUUUUUAUGCCAAUUAAACUUUAUAGGAUUCCAAUUCUCUCCCUUUGAGGGAUAGAAAGAAUGCAACAUUAAACUUUAGUAAUACUUUUGAUCUUUCUCUUAGCAUCUAGUUCUACUUGCUCUUCUUUCAUUCAAGCUUUGUGAGUGAUUCUUAGAAGACUCUACAAUGAACGAUUGGGCUCCUCCUUUCAUAGCUGCGGCUUUGUUUUGGCUCUUGAGCCCGGGAAUGAUCUUUCAGUUGCCGGGGAAGAAUGCACCCUUUGAGUUUAUGAACAUGAAGACCACUGUGGCAUCCAUGUUUGUGCACACUGUUAUUUAUGGUUUGUUUCUUAUGCUGUUCUUUGUUGUUCUUAGUAUCCAUCUUUAUAUUUAAGCAGCAACAUAGGCUAUUUAAAGAAAACUAAUGUUCUGCUUUAUCUUUUAAAUUAGAUCAUGUAACAAUCUUCUCAUGUUGAUCAGUAUGUAUGUGCUCUUUUGAAUUUUCCACUUGAUUAGUCUUCUUAUUUAGCUACUAAAACUUUCAUGAGUAAUAUGCUUGCUGUUUAUUA